AUGUCGUGGACCACGCGUAUCGCGCCUCUGUACCCGGUGCACAAACCUCCCUACACAGUCGAGGCGCCCGGUUACGAGCGCGUCGAGGGCGAGACCCUCCCCCGCCGUCACUGGAAGGCCAAAGAUGCUCUCCGUACUCAGCCCCAUCCCGAGAUCCACACAAUGUACGAUAUCGUGAAGCGAAGCGCCCGCGUCUACCCUAACGAGCCCGCCGUCGGCACCCGGAAGCUCGUGCACUUGCACAGGGAGAAGAAGAUGGUCCCCAAGAACGUCGACGGUGAGGUCAGGCAGGUCGAGAAGGAGUGGCAGUUCUUCGAGCUGUCUAAAUUCUCCUACCUGACCUAUACUGAAUUCCAGACCUACAUCCUGCAGCUUGGUUCAGGUCUGCGCAAGUUGGGUCUGGGCAAAGAGAGCAGACUUCAUCUCUUUGCUACUACUUCCGCCAACUGGAUGGCCCUGUCCCACGCCUGCGGUUCGCAGUCCAUGUCCAUCGUUACCGCAUACGACACCCUCGGUGCUAGUGGUGUCGAGCACUCCCUCCUCGAGUCCAGUGCAGAUGCCAUGUACCUGGACCCUCACCUGCUCAAGACGGCAAGUGGAGGCAUCAAGAAGGCCGAAAACCUCAAGUUUGUUAUCUACAAUGAUAACUGCAUCUUCACCCAAGGUGGCGAGGUCGAGGCUUUCCAGAAGGCCAACCCAGAUGUGAAGCUUCUUAGCAUUGAGGAGGUGCGCCAGCUGGGCGAGGAUAACCCUGUUGAUCCUGUAGAGGCCAAGCCCGAAGACCUCUUCUGCAUCAUGUACACUUCCGGCUCAACUGGAACGCCAAAGGGUGUCCCAAUGACCCACGAGGGCAUGGUCGCAGCGAUUACUGGUCUCUACACCUGCGUCGAGGAAUGCGUUAGCAGCGCCGAGUACGUCCUAGCAUACUUGCCCCUGGCUCACAUCUUUGAGCUCGUCCUCGAGAACCUCGUGCUGUUCAUUGGCGGUACCCUUGGCUAUGGCAACCCUCGAACCCUGUCAGACACGUCCAUGAAGAACUCUCCUGGUGACAUGCGCGAGUUCCGUCCUACCGCACUCGUCGGCGUGCCCCAGGUCUGGGAGACGGUCAAGAAGGGCGUUGCUGCAAAGGUUAACAGCUCAAGCAUCUUCGUCAAGGCCCUCUUCUGGGGUGCCUUCAACUACAAAAGCUUUAUGGUCAAGUACGGCCUGCCCUUUGCUACCAUCUUCGACAACAUCGUCUUUAAGAAAGUUCGCGAACUCACGGGUGGGCGUCUCCGGCUUAUUAUGAAUGGCGCGAGUGGCAUCUCGGACGGGACCAAGCACUUCCUGUCCAUGACCGUCGCGCCCAUGCUCACUGGUUACGGUCUGACCGAGACGGCCGCCAACGGCGCUCUCGGCGACCCACUCGAAUACACCUCCACCGCCAUCGGCCCCAUUCCUGCCGCCGUCGAUGUGAAGCUCGUCUCUAUCCCGGAUCUCAACUACUCCACCGACUCGACCCCGCCCCAGGGUGAAAUCUGGAUCAAGGGUCCCGCCGUGCUUAAGGAGUACUACAAGAACCCGGAGGAGACGGCCAAGGCCAUUACCAAGGAUGGCUGGUUCAAGACUGGCGACAUUGGCGAGUUCGACUCUGUCGGCCACCUGAAGGUCAUCGACCGUGUCAAGAACCUUGUCAAGAUGCAGGGUGGUGAGUACAUUGCUCUCGAGAAGCUCGAGUCCGUCUACCGCGGCAGCCACUUUGUCCAGAACAUCAUGGUCUACGGUGAUGGCGAGCACUCCCGCGCCAUCGCCGUCAUCGCCCCCAACGAGAAGGUCCUCGCCGAGGAGGCCCAGAAGCUGGGCGUUGACGAGCACGACAUGCACACGAACUCUAAGGUCGUCGACACCGUUCUUAAGGACCUCGUUGGCGCCGGCCGCAAAGCCGGUCUGACUGGCCUCGAGAUCGUCGGUGGUGUCGUCCUCGUCGAGGAGGAGUGGACCCCGGACAGCGGCCUUGUCACCGCCACACAAAAGCUCAACAGGAGAGUCAUUAAGGAUAAGUACAAGCAGCGUAUGGAGGCGGCCUUCCCCAAGAACUAA